GUCCCCGCCUCCCGCGGCACGAUGGCUACCGAGCAGUGGUUCAUGGGGCCGCUCCCCGCGGGCUCUGGGGAAACGCCACCUCCAGACGUCUUGGAAUCUGGGGCACACCCCUGCGGAGACCCCUCGUGGUCGCCCUCCCCUGGCCGACCUGGGGACCCACCUGAGGUGGAGCCCGAAGACGUCCAGGGGCAGCUGCCCGAGGCCUCCACCUCUACGCCCUCCCCCGAGCCUCUGGCCCCAGGACCCAGGCCCGCCCCUCCUCGCCUACCCUUGGACACCAUGUUCAGCCCCAUCACCGAACAGUUCCGUUACCUGCUCAAGAAGGCAGAUGAUUUCCAGAGCUACUUGCUCUACAGCAGGGACCGAGUGCAGAAGGAACAGCUGGCAAAAGCCAUGCCCACCUUCUUGCAGAUGUGUGAGCCCUACUUCCUAUACCUGGAGGCAGCAGCACGGAGUGUGCCCCCCAUCUAUGGAGCUCUGCAGGAACUGAUUCGAAAGGGGCUGUUGGAGAUCUCCCAACAGUUGACCCUGCGCCUGGAACAGCUGGUCCUCAUGUAUGCCUCAUUUGGUUUUGUGGACCUGGAGGAGACUGACCCCCUAAGCAUCUCCUGUUUCUUCUGUGGGAGAUUCUCCAUCAGUCCUUCCCACGAGGUAUCCAUCUUCAGAUACUGUGCCCCUGCUGCCUACACUGCCAGCCGCUUCCCCCGAUACCUCUAUAAGAAGAUGCGCUGGAACUUGGAAAUCACCCCGGAGCCCAGCAGCCGGGGGCAAGAUUCCCAUGUGGACUACUACUUCCUCUGCUAUCGAGAUACAUGGGAAGACACAGGCAAGAGUCCGGCCAGUUCAUGCCCCCAGAUUCAGAAGCUGUGGUCCAUCGGCCGAUGGGUGCCCCUAGGACCAGCUGAGGAUGACCUUUAUUCAUGGAUAUUGUGCCCGCAACCUCCUGGGGACUACCAGCAGCUGCUGACCAUCGGCUUCGAGGAGCCGUCGCACAUGCUGGCCACCGACCUGCUAGUGCAGAUCCUCAUGGGCCAGGCAGGCACGGCUCGGCCCCUGAGCGAGGCUGGGCCCGCGGCGUGGGCCCCGCAGGGGUCUUGAACCUGGACACAG